GAAUAUGAAGGCGCGCUAAGCCGGGCUGGAACGGAGAGUCUCCGAGGCUGUGCUCCAUUCAGAGCCCAAGGACUUACAGCUUCCUCCGCUGCCUUCCUGUGUCAACAACCCCCCAAAAGUUGUGAUGCUUUUCUUUACACAGUGCUUUGGGGCUGUGUUGGAUCUCAUUCACCUCCGGUUUCAGCACUACAAGGCUAAACGGGUUUUCUCUGCUGCUGGGCAACUUGUCUGUGUGGUCAACCCCACGCACAACCUAAAGUAUGUGUCUAGUAGACGGGGGAUCACUCAGAACUCCGCAGAGCAAGGUAGCUUCCACCCACAUCAUCUUCCCCACCACCAUCGCCACCACUGUCACCACAACCACCUGUAUCAGCAUGCCCGUCCUCACCACCUCCACCACCAGGAGCCGGGGCUGCACAACUCUCAGGUGACACCCUGUAUAUGCCCGCUCUUCUCCUGCCAGUGGGAAGGCCACCUGGAGGUGGUGGUUCCUCACCUGCGGCAAAUCCACAGGAUUGACAUCCUGCAAGGGGCGGAGAUAGUCUUCCUGGCCACGGACAUGCACCUCCCCGCGCCAGCCGACUGGAUCAUCAUGCACUCCUGCCUGGGCCAUCACUUCCUGCUGGUGCUCAGGAAACAGGAACGACAUGAAGGGCACCCUCAGUUCUUUGCUACCAUGAUGCUGAUUGGGACUCCCACUCAGGCCGACUGCUUCACUUAUCGCCUGGAGCUCAACAGAAACCACAGGCGUCUCAAAUGGGAGGCCACCCCGAGAUCUGUCCUGGAGUGUGUGGACUCAGUCAUCACCGAUGGGGACUGCCUGGUUCUCAACACUUCACUGGCUCAGCUCUUCUCUGACAACGGCAGCCUCGCCAUUGGAAUCGCCAUCACGGAGACGGACGUCGGAGCCAGGGAUGCUGCAGAGAUGUGAGACCAGGAGCCGCUGGAUAUCCUGUGCACCUUGGACCUCUAAACAGCAGGACCUUUUUAUUACCCGUCUUCUUUCUUUUCUUUUUUUGUCUCAGGUAAUUUGAGGUAUUAGUAUUCAUCUGCCAUGGGCAUUAUAUUAUGUAAACAACUGUGAUUCAAGAUCUUGGUGUGAAAUCUGUCCUGUGUUGUUGGUAACGUUUUGUAGAGCAUUCAGAAGAGUCUGCCAGAGUAGUUAUUUUCCACCACUGUUAGUCCCUUUCUUCACUGCCGCCAAAGGGCAAGCACCACUGUUACCAAGAAGCCGAGCACUGGAGUUAAAGGAGGCUAGACUACCAAAAACAUCUUCCAUCUUCGGUCUGUUUCGAAUAGAGCCUAACUUGUCAUGGGUGAGGCAGCAAGUCUGGAGAGAAAAACCCAGACAGCUGCCAUGAGUCCCUUUCCAGGAGCCUUGGGCUCAAGGAUAAGCUGCAGGAGCAUGAGACAUUGCCUCCUCCACAGAGCGUGGAGUCACCUGGAGGCACCCUUUGUGUCAGAAGCACUCACUUGAUUCUGGACAGGAGAUGGUGGUCAGGUUAAAAAGCCUCUCGCUUCUUAUUUCCAGGUUCUCCGGGCCUCCUCACUGAGCUAUGCCUUUCCCUUUAGCUUUGCAAUUAAAGCUGGGAUGUUCUCAGCGCUUUUUCUGAAAAGAGCUUUGCCUCUGCUGAGGCAGGAUAAGUAAGAUGCACCAGAGAUGCAGCCAGAAAGAAGGCAUCAAACUAACUUCUAGCCUCUGGGAGGGUGCUCCUGCCUCAGUGAGACCUUUUAGAUGUAUCAAUUAUAAAUCUAGCAGCCACUCCCCCCACCACCACCACCACCACACACACCCACACACACACUUCACUAGAGUAACACUUUUUUGUAGCAGACAGAGAGCCAGCUACUCUGUUUGUUGAUAGUUUAUAAAUAAGAUCCAUCAUCAAACAUAAGCACCGCAGGGAAAAGCAAGCCGGACCUCCCCGCUGGAGAGCUAGCCCUGAUGCUUAGACUCUGGGCCUCCCAACUCCUUUCUUUACUCUCUAACACACGCUGUAUCCCUGCUCAGUACAUAAACAUGGUUGCUUUGGAAUAGGUCAGCAUUUGCAGAAGGAAGCACCGGAAACGCACCUUGCCCUCCACUCCCCAUCACCCACGAACCCCCAACCUCACCCACUACCCCACCUCCACCCUCAUCCCCAACCCCUCCCACACCACCCCUCCAGAGGCUGCUUUCUCUUGGUUUGUUGUUAGAACCACGAAUCAGCUUCAGGUGGAGGUGGGGGAGGGCUUCCUGCAGUGGAAGAAAGUGGGGAUCUCCACGCUGCCUUCUUUCUGUUCUGACUUGGACACCUUAAAGCCUUCCCAGUGGGGCCACAUGUCUGCAACUUCCUUUCUGUCACUGGCCAGGUGCUAGGGGAAAACAUGGCAAGCAAAUCCAGCUUGUCUCUUCCUGGGACUGUGUGGGCCUUUCUCCAGCUCAUUCCCUUACCUCGGGCACACCAGCUGGGCCGGCCUGGCCAGCCUCCAAGUGAACGCUUAGUUUCAGGCAGAUUGUCCUGGCUGGCCGUCAGCAAUCUUUUCUCUACCAGAAUUAAUUCAUCUAAAAACACACUACCCUUCCCCCACACUGGGUGAUCUUCCAGCCACUUUUGCUGUGCACCCAUACCCGAAGCAUCAAUUUACAGAAAGAUGAAAACACAGUCCUUUCCAGUCACCCGGUCUUUGCUGGGAUUCUGAGCCCAGGCUUCCUCUAUCAAGGGCUGGUGAAGCACAACUAACUUUGCCCACAGAGGAGCACAAAGAUGACGCUGUGAGUUGCCAAGGAAAGGUUUGUGUGCCAUGGGAGCUAUUACAUAUGCAGCUCCAGGCCAUUAGCAACCAACCGUGGAUGGCCCAGACCCAAGGCUGGUGGGUCAGCCCUGGGAGAGACCAGUUCGUGUGGCUCCUUGCCUGCAGCCCAGGGCCUCCAUAGCUGUCUAAAGGCGUCAGAAGCCACAGGUCUUCUCCUGGCUUCUGAUGGUCAUGUGGAGUAUCCCAGGUACCCCAUCUAAACAAACACACAACACCUCAAGAAGACACUCAGUGCUUAUAGAUCUCAGAAUUCCUGCAGUGUUGCCUUCGCCUUCCUACUGAGCCAAACUAGGAACAACGGCAGGCUGUUGCUAGUGUACACUAUACUAUGGGUAAGCCAUCCCAGGCACAGAUUUGAAAGGUGGUUCCUAGAAAUCUCCAAAAUAAAGGCUAGGGAAUGUGUCCUUCUCCUCCAACUACGGUGCUCCCAAGAUGACUUUUCUCUCCAAACUAAUAAGUGAAGAACAGAAGACAAAGGAGCAAGCUAAGACCAAACAAAAGAGUGUGCGUUUGAGUGCUAUUGCUCUCUUCUUUAGUCUUGAGUGAAUCCUAUAUUGCUCUCUUCUUUAGUCUUGAGUGAAUCCUCGUCAGUUUCCUCAACACACAGGUUCAGAGACGCAUCAUGACCUUCUCAAGGUCAAGCAUCAGACCACGACUAAAACUCAGCUCCACCAACUUAGACUUAGUGUUCUUAAUAUAGAAAGACGAACACCCCCCCCCCACCCCCGGUGUUCAGCAGGGUCUUGCUUCAGCAGUGGAUUGGAGACUUGAGAAUCGACAGGGUCUUCAUCCUGGAUGAUGGGGGAGUAUCCAUAGGGAAAGGCUGGAGUGGAAGCCACUUUCAGUGACUUCUUGGCAAUGUGCAGUAAGCUGGUCCCAGGGAGGUGGGAGGGAAGAGGCACAUGGAGGUCUCAGUAGCCUGGUGUCUGUCUCUUUCACCCACUCUCAGGCAGGUCUCUUGCUCCAAGAUUCUGAACCCAGACACUCAACGGUACUCUUUGAGGAAUGUAUAUGUUUUAGUAGAGGGUCUAGACAGACAGUAGCGCUUAAGAGAGAUGAGUUGCCUGUAUUUGAGUUGGCAAUUGUGAGCUGUUUGUUCAGAAGGUGUUUAAAGGGAAACAUGUCUCCUUGUGAGUCUGAGCCAAAUGAAUGACUGCUGGAGGUUUAGCAGUACAAUGAAGAUUGUUCAGUCAGUCUGCACAUGGACCCUGGGAUAGAGCUAACACUCCUGCAGCUACUGGGGACAUUGAGGAAUGGAUCAGGAUAGUUGUCACAGUAGAGCUUGUGGCUGCCACUGACUGGAAGUUUCCCCUAUGACCCAGGGGGAUGCAUACUCGGAACAUGUUACCCCAUGUAACCCUCAAAAGAACCACAUGAAGCUGCUGUGUGUGUGUGUGUGUGUGUGUGUGUUGUCCCUAUGUAACCGAUAGCAAACAGCAAAACUGGUCCCACACUCUGGGCUUUUAACCAACCCCACCCACGUCAUUCCUAUGAACUCAUGUUGCAGAGUCUCAGAAGGACCCAGUGUGGACAGCAUGGAAACCCCGCUGUAGUAUCUCAGUACUAAAUGUAUCUUUCCGCUUCUGUUCUUCCAGCCCAAUGGCCAACUUGUAUUCAGAUUGUUACAUUUUUAGAAUUUUGUAGGCCAGUUAUUACAACCAUUAUUAAAAAUUAACUUAUAUAUAAUCUUACAGCUAAAUAAAUUCUAUUUAAGACAAGGAGAAUA